CUCUCUGUGGGACUGCAGGGUCCCCCUUCAGUGUGACUCUUCAGGGAGACUACAGCAUCUCUCCCCAUGUGGGUUCUGCGACCUCUCCAGCAGAACCCCACCUGUGUGACCCCAUGUGAGGCCUUAGCAUCCCCUCCCCCUCAGCGUGACCCCCCCUUCGCGUGAUCCCCCAUGGCGCUGCAGGAGCCCCCACAUCAUAUGUCCAUUUGGACCACCUUGCUUCACGAGUACCAAAAAACAAGUUGUACAAGUCUCUGAAGAUAGCAAGUAACAUUUAACUAUUUCAUCUAGACGGUUGCAAAAUGCUUCGUAAUUUGCCUCAUCUUUGAACCUACAGUAUGGUCUUUAAUUAUCAAGAUUGCAUAUCCAUUUAGAACACAGUGUGAGGUUUGGUCUAAGCCUAAUUUCGUCCAGACGGCUUUCAAGUUUUCCCAGCAGCUUUUUAUCAAAUAGAGAGUUUUUCCCUAGUUGACUCUUGAAGGAAGACAGCCAAGGAGGGGGAGCAUUCGAUACGUGGAGGGGACAGCUGCUACUAAGAAACAGAGGGUAAAGGUAGCAGGAAUGCUCACAUUGGCGAGCAAACUGAAGAGGGAUGAGGGCGUCAAAGGAUCCCGUCCAUCCGGCCCAGCCUCGGACUCCACACGGAGAGUGUCUGUGAGGGACAAGCUGCUCGUUAAAGAGGUUGCAGAACUUGAAGCCAAUUUACCUUGUACGUGUAAAGUGAAUUUUCCUGAUCCAAACAAGCUUCACUACUUUCAGCUAACCGUCACCCCAGAUGAGGGUCACUACCAGGGUGGAAAAUUUCAGUUUGAGAUAGAAGUCCCCGAUGCUUACAACAUGGUGCCUCCCAAAGUAAAAUGUUUGACUAGAAUCUGGCACCCCAACAUCACAGAGACGGGGGAAAUAUGUCUCAGCUUGCUGAGAGAACAUUCAAUUGACGGCACUGGAUGGGCGCCCACAAGAACAUUAAAGGAUGUCGUGUGGGGAUUAAACUCGUUAUUUACCGACCUUUUGAAUUUUGAUGAUCCCUUGAAUAUUGAAGCUGCAGAGCAUCAUUUACGGGACAAGGAGGACUUCCGGAAUAAAGUUGAAGAUUACAUUAAGCGUUACGCCAGAUGAUGAUGGAUGGCGGCCCGUGAUUUCGCACCUCCGAGUUGUAUCUAUCACUUAAAAAAAGAAAGAAAAAACAAAUAUUCAGCAUCUUCCUUCCCCCCCCCAACUCCCUGCCCGCCCCACUGGCUUGUACACGUCCCGUGACCGUGUUGUACUGAAGAAGAGAACCUUCCUGGCUGUCCAUUUCCCAUGGAGAACGCCACAUAAAUACAGCAAGAACUUGUGUGUCUGGUUUUAAAACGUUGUUUGCUUUAAAAGGUUUGCUUUUCUGAAUCCGAGCUGUAGAGCCUCUGGGUGACAUUCUCGAGAAAUUCAGAGAUCAGUCCCAAGACCGGAGCUUGCCCGUCCUCGUACGGGGCCCGGGCCGGGCUCUGGCCGGUCCUGCGUGGGGGGAGGGCCCCGGACCAGCCACGUACGUCUCCUCCCGGAGUGUCGAUUCUAUUUAAUGUGAGUAUAUUUUGGAACAAAUUUGUCAUUUCUCUA